UUAUAAAAAUCAUAAAUUUUUAUUUAAUUUUGCCCUUUUUUUCUCCGCAUUUACCUGCUCGUACAAAACCGACAAAAUUACCGGGUUGCUCCAGUUCUUCAAAAUUAUCUACUCACGUCGAAGUACCCAAGUACCCGCAGUUGCUGUAGCCACUAUGACUGCCGCUGUCCAGCCGCAAGCACCGCCACGGGCUCCGCCCGAGCUAAACAUAAACGUGGGCUCGCUCCCUUAUAUUGACAUGUCCACCUUGACCCAGUCCGAGCUCCAAGCCCUCUCCCUUUGCUCCCUUUCAGCUCCUCGCAAUAAGGAAGACAUCGUGACACCGAUCAUUGAUCGCUCAGUUUUUAACGAGAGUGCUGGUUCCCGCCGCCAGACGUUCUCCCGCCCCCACCAGCACCCUCAUCAGCAUCGCCAUCGCCUUGCCGGCCUACUCCCACUCUCCAAGCCCCCUCCUAACACUGUCGAUCCCGAUCCUGUUGAGAACAGCUACAUCAUUCGCUCCCUCAAACAGUUGCUCACCUCCAAUCCUAAUUUCAAUCAACAAGAUUUCGAAUUUAUCAAUUCCGUGAAACCACCGCCCCCUCCAUUGUCCAUUUUGCCUAGUUUGGGAUUGGAGAAUUUGAAGAGGAAGAGGGGGCGGAAGCCGAAGGUGAGGACGGUGUCGAGUGUGGAGGAUAGGGAGAGGGCGGUAGGGUUGCGGAUCACGAACAAAAAUGGGGUUGUAGUUGAUUUGGUAAAAUUGGCGAAUUUGGAGGAUCCAUACGGGGAGGAAUUGAGGAGGAGGACGGCAGGGAUGGAGAGAGAUGAUGAGCUAUUGGGUUUUUUCAGUCAAUUGGGAGGCCAGUGGUGCAGCAGGAGAAAGAAGAGAAAGAUUGUUGAUGCCUCCGUUUUCGGAAAUGCUUUGCCUGAUGGUUGGAAGCUAUUGCUAGGUCUGAGAAGGAGAGAAGGCCGCGCUUCAGUUUACUGCCGGCGAUACAUUAGUCCUGGAGGGCAACACUUUGUAUCGUGCAAAGAAGUUUCUGCAUAUUUGCAAUCCUACUUCGGAUGUUCUAACAUGCCGCUCAUGAUUGAUCAAGCUGAUGACAACAUUCAGAAAGACAAUGGUGUGGCUUCUGAAAGUCAUGCAGGCAUUGUCCAUUGUGACGAUAGAGGCCCCUCCAUUGAAUAUGAGGAGGAAGACGCUGUGUUAGUGAUUGACAAUUUGGCAGAGGUUCCAAUACUUGAGCUUUUUGAGUGCCAUAAAUGCAACGUGAAAUGUGAAGAUAAGGAUACAUAUUUUCAGCACCUUUUGUCCUCAUUUCACCGGAAGACUACAAAGAGGCAUAGAUUUGGUUCUGUUGGCGACGGUGUGAUAGUUAAAGAUGGAAAGUAUGAAUGCCAGUUCUGCCAUAAGGUCUUUCAUGAAAAGCGUCGGUACAACAGUCAUGUCGGGAUUCACGUGAGGAAUUAUGUGAGUGGGAGGGAAGAAACACCUGCCAAUACGCCUUUGCAAAAAAAAAUUGGAUCUCCAACUGGGGAAGAGAUGCGAGCAAAAAUAUCUAGGAUGGAUGCUUUAAUUGAAAUUGCUCAGAAUUCUAUUCUUGAAGAUUCGUCUGCUGGUCCAAGUGAUGAACCCAAUAAUAUGUCCAUUUGCGAUAAACAUCAGAUGGUUUCUAUUCCUAAAAUUCCUGCCUCUAUUUCUGAUUGUGAUAUUCAUGAUGACUCUACUUUUUGCAAACUGGAAUUGAGUGAUGGAAUGAUUAAUGAGAAUCCUGAUAAAGAUUUAGAUCAGCAGAAAAUUGAUUAUACGCUUACUGGUGAAAAGAUAGAGGAGAUAGACAAUGCUGUCAAUGAAGAGAUUACUAUGGAUUCCUUAUAUGUAAAUGGGCAUAGAACUGGUACAUCAGAAGGAUCAGGUGAAAAAGAUUGUUUGGCGUUCCCCACAAUUGGAGUUGAUAAGUCAAACCUAGAGCAGGAUAUAGGUUCACAAAGCCGUUCAUCACUCGCUUUGUUGAAUGAAGAAAUUUUUGGUGUUGAGAAUAAUGUGAAAUGGGUUUCUGCUUUUAGCUCAGAGAAUCCAAACCUUGAUGAAAUGAAUGACUGUGGGCAAAUCCUGGUUGAAAUGGAUGUUGGAAUUAAUAACGGAAGACCAACUAAUGAUACUAUGGAGACUGUACGACAAACUUCAGAAGAAAAAAAAUUACACAGUGGCGUCCCUGAGUCUUCCAUGCCCUCGGUUCAACCGUUGCAUGACGUUACAUUCAAUGACAUCUUAGAUCAGCAAAGAGAAAAUGAAUUUUGUAGCAUUGAUCAGAGACUUGACAAUACUGCUGGAUUUGAGGAGCUAAGAUUAGAUGAAAUGGAACAAAUUAAAUUCAGUUUUGGGGCUGUGCAAGAAUCUUUGUCUCCACCUAAGGCACAGAUGGAAUUCAAAAACAACUCAGUGAUGGGCGGGACAUAUGGUUCGUCACUUCAAUUUGGAGCAGAAAACAUGUUGAGUAUGGCUUGCAGCCAACAGCUUACGACCACAUGUAUGUGGUGCGGCAUGGAGUUUGACCAUCAGGCCAUUGAGUCUGAAAUACAAUCCAAUUCAGUUGGUUAUAUGUGCCCUACCUGCAAGGCAAAGAUUUCUGGGCAACUCAACUUUAUGGACAAUGUUUUACCGUGAGUUCUUGCUUUCGGACAAUGUUCAAGGCCUUUUUGUCAUUUCAAGUCUGAUGAAGUCUGAUGAUAAAUUUUCAGACAGAUGCUGGUUGAAGAUGCUUAAUCAGGACUCAGGACUCAGGUGUAGUGUUGCAAUAAAAGGGUUUUUUUCUUCUGAUCAAUAUCAGGCUAUCAGCAAAUGGGUCUUCCACAUGUUGUAUCAUGUAUGUAUGUAACUCUAUAUUCAUUGGGCCAUUGGCUAAAUGCAGAAUACCUCAUAAAUUUUUGGUUUGUUUAUACUUUGUGGAAUCUUUUAUUUUUUUUAUUGCAAUUAUCCAACAGAUCUGAAACAGAGGCUGGCUAAAUAUUUCCAGUGAAUUGUGUUCCCUCAGUUCAUGUUGAAACUGCAGAAGGAAAUGCACAUUUUCGCGCU